UCCCAAACCUGAGAACAGUGACCCUUAUGAAACAAAACUGCAUUGUAUGUAGAAGUGGGAAAGUCAAGGCAAAAAGACAGUGUACCUCAAAGUGAGGAAACGAAAAGAAAGAGCCAAGAUACUGAGGCCUGUUUUUAAACGCUCUUACCUCAGAGGUAAUGCCUGGACGUUACUCAGAAUGAGCAUCCACUGACCACUCCGUUGAGCGCAUUUUCAUUCUGUUUAACGUCCAAGCACCAAACUCCGUGGUGAGAUGGGUGAGACGGCCAAGAAACUCGCCUCUGGUUUCAAAUAGGCCAAACGCCUGACCUCCGGACAUUACGAGUACAUGCAGUAUUCUCUCUCUCAAGAGCGCCAAGCUUAGUUGUCCUCUGAUUAUGUCCUUUCAAGAGGCAUCCGCCCAGAAAUUAAUAUCUCCUAUUCUUUUGAAAAUGCUUGUAUUUUCCCAGAAUGGUGCUUGGCCUCAAACGGCGGAAUAGUUUCCUCCUAUGAUCUCGAGAAGUUUUCUCAUCAAUCUAACUGACUCAGCGUCAUUGUUCUCGAUGCGUCUCUUGGCGUACUACACGGGACACAUCGUCUUCGGAAUAGAAGGAUGAGGCUCAAGAGGAAGCCUUUUGCUGGUCUAGCAUUGGUUUCUGGACAAGUGGUGCUUCUGUGGUCACUGAGUGUUUUGGCUGUCCAACAAGUUCCGUGUUCCCCGUCGGUUGAGGAUGGGCUUCACCAACGUUACGUGGAAUGCACCAAGUCCAGUCGAGAAGCCAUUCUCAAAAAGAGCCAUGCCACCAGAACAUUCUCAUCCAGUGCCGACACUUCCAGCCAGCCCGAUGUGGUUGCCCUAGAGGGACAAAUUCAAUCACGUUUUCUCGCGUCCAGAUCCAUGUCCAUCCCUGAGGAGCAUCACGUAGAGGCCACCCAGUCGAAUAGGAAUAGCAGCCGAAAGGCCGUGGUGAUCCAGCCAUUACUUUCCUCACUCUGGGAUGACUUGCCAGAGAAUAUAACACUCAAAUGUGAACUGAUCACUGCGGUUUUGGACCAAUGCUCAGUCGUAUAUGCCCAAUGCUUCAAUCAGACCGAAUUAAGACAACACCAAGACACACAGCUGGAGCUGCUGCUUCACAUUGAGAAGCAGAAAAAGGCCCACGAGGAUUUGGACUUGUGCCCCGUGGUUCGAGAGUACAAAGAAAGUGGUCGACGAGAGAAGCUCUAUCCCACGGCGCUUUGCACUGAACACCAAGUGCUCAUUAUGACCAAUGGCUACAAUGAGUGCACUCAACAGACUAAUCACGACAUGCAGAAUAAUAUGUCACACAACAUCAAAAACCGUCAUGCCAUGAUGGAUAUCAUGUGUGACGGCAUGUUCAAGGCCGUUCAUGAGUGUUCCGAGCUUUUGAAGGAGUGCUAUUCUCCCGCCAAUGUGGAGGAGACAAAAGAGAGCCAAAAGAUUCUCAUGGAACAGAUCUUCAACCGAGUGGUGAGUGAUGGGCGAACGCGGAUGCACAUCUCGGAUUGUCGAAUGUACGGAGGAACGUUUGGACUCAACAGAGCCGCCCACUCAUUGUCCAGCCCAGAUCAAAUCGCCUUGAUGGUCGGUCUGGGAAUGGUGCUUGCCGCUUACAUUUGACAGGUGCAGCAAUUCAGUUAUCAUAAAUAAACCUGUGA